AUGCCACCCAGAGUAAGAGGCAAAGGAAAGGGUCCCAUGCGAGGUGGACCAUCAGGACACGUAGGACCAUCCCAUCGGCACACCCCGUCUGCGUCGUUUUCUAGCUCAAACUCUCAUGACCAAUGGGGUCAUUCCUUUGAACCAACGAGACACUCUGUCUCAUUGAGCUCUUCACCUUCAUUCCAUCCAUCUUUCGGGCCGCCUAUUCCAGACGAGCCCCAGCAUUCUCAUCACUCCCUUGCAUCACAUCAUUCGCAUGAGUCUCACCAAUCCUAUCAUUCCUUGCAUUCUCAUUCGUUUCAUCAUUCGGAUUCUACCUACUCUCCUGCCCAGUUUAAUCCUAAUGAUUACGUUAACGACUUUUUGGGCUACAACCCUUUGGGACCCGAGGAACACUUUCCUCACAAAAUGGAGAUGGACGACGACCCGGACCCAGAAAUGCAAAUCGGAACACCAGGCCACCCAAUUAGCAUCUCAAGCGGUUCCCCAUUCCAGGGAUCGCCAUACCGAGGGCCCGAUUCAUACCAAGAGAGAAUGGCCGCGUAUGAUUGGUACUUUACUCCUUCGUACCAUAACUCUCAUGCUCAACCUCCUUUGGUUGAACCCCAGCUUCAAGCAGUUUCACCUCCACCACUUACUGUUGAGGAGCCGCCUCAACAGCCACCUCAGCCACCUCCCGAGCCUCUGAGGCGAAGGAGGAAUGCACGAAUAUCCGUGCGAGGAGGACCGCGUUUCAGUUCUCCUCAGGGUUCAAGUUCUUACCCUCCAAUCCCCGAGGACCCCCAAAUGGGUGGACCCUCGCACGCGGUACCGGAAAACGAUCCUCCACCGGUUUCACAUGCACCACCGCCACCAAUGGGUUUCGAAUACCCGAUCCCGACUUAA